CCACUUUUCACUUCCCUUUAAACACCCUGCUCCGGGCCGGUGAAUUAAAAUAUUUUGCCUUUUAAAUUUGUCGAAUCUCCGAUCUAACCUUAAAAAUUAUGCUCCGCCGUCCUGCUCACGUUUCCCUCCUGCUGCUCCGUCGUAUGAGCACAGCCACAGAUGAGGUCCUCUUCCAGACGAUUGGGGACAAGGGUGUAAUCACACUGAAUCGGCCCAAGCCAUUGAACGCCCUGAACUUGAACAUGAUCAAGAGCAUCACACCCACCUUGGAUCAGUGGGACAAGGACAAGUCUGCGAUCAUCAUCAAAGGAGCAGGUGAGAAAGCCUUCUGUGCCGGAGGAGAUGUAAGGGCGGUCACUGAGGCUGCCAAAGUAGGAGACAGAUUCGCCAGUGACUUCUUCCGAGCCGAAUACCAGUUGAAUGCGUUAAUCAACAGACUGAAAGUCCCAUACGUCGCUCUCAUUGAUGGCAUCACGAUGGGUGGUGGAGUUGGCCUUUCUGUGCAUGGGAGAUUCAGGGUUGCCACCGAAAAGACCCUGUUUGCCAUGCCAGAAACUGCAAUUGGUCUGUUCCCUGACGUUGGUGGCAGCUACUUCUUGCCCCGUCUCCCUGGAAAGCUAGGAAUGUUCCUUGCCCUGACUGGUUAUCGACUGAAAGGCGCGGAUGUUUUGCAUGCAGGCGUCGCCACUCAUAUAGUCAGUAGUGAAAAACUUGCUGAACUUGAAUCAGCGCUGCUAUCUGAAAAGGACGUUUCCGGCGUGCUCAACUCUUUCCACGACAAGCAGCUUGCUAGCCAGCCAUUUUCUCUGCAGUCCAAGCUUAAGGAUAUUGAUGCCACCUUUGCUCCUGAAACUGUGGAGGAAAUCUUGCAGAACCUCUCAAACCACGGCUCUGAGUGGGCAACAAAAACUGCGGCAACGCUAAAUAAGAUGUCUCCCACGUCCUUGAAGAUCACCAUGAAACAGUUGAAACUGGGAAAGGAGAAGAAUCUGCAGGAGUGUCUGCAGAUGGAGUUUAGGCUGACCCAAAGGUGCUGCGCAGGACACGAUUUUAUUGAGGGCGUGCGGAGCGUCCUUGUGGAUCGUGACAACAACCCUAAGUGGAAGCCUUCGACUCUAGCCGAGGUUUCUGCUGCCACAGUCGAUUCAUAUUUCGCGCCUCUGCCUAAAGGACAAGAGCUCGACUUCAGCCUCAAAAGUGCCAUGUGAAUUAACAAACUAGAGAAAUUAUUUACACAAAAAUAAGAGCAAAAAGAAAUUAUAUUUAUUCAGGGAAUUGUUAACACGCCACAAUAAAUAAGAUGUGAUCUAUUUUGAGUACAAAA